CGUGGUGUGUCCCCACGUCCGUCAUAUUCCCGGUUUGAAAGCAAGGUUGCGACUAGUUGUUGCGACGCAGGAAGGUGCAGUGAAUAGUCCGGUGUUCACACACAGCCAAAAAAAUAAAAGAUUAAAAAUAUUGAAAUAAUACUGACUAUUUGUUUGAAGUUGAACGCUGAUAAAUCAAGUGGUAACGAGUCAUUUUGUGGAUCGGCCAUGGAGAAGCGGAUAGAGCUCGAGAAGAGAGGAAGGAAUCCCGCCGAAAUCACAGAAUUCGUUUUGGACAACUGUCGGAGUACCAAUAUCGUAGGCCUCACAGAUGAGUUCGUAGCACUCGAGUCACUCAGUUUAAUUAAUGUGGGUCUCACAAGUCUCAAGGGUUUUCCUGUUCUACCAAAUCUAAAGAAGUUGGAGCUGAGCGAUAAUCGAAUCUCUGGUGGUCUGAAUCUUCUCCUUACGAGUCCAAAAUUAACUCAUCUCAAUUUAAGUGGCAAUAAAAUCAAAGACCUUGACACACUGCAACCAUUGAAAGAUUUCAAAAACCUGAAGAGCCUGGAUCUGUUCAACAAUGAAGCCACAGACAUGGACAACUACAGGGAGAAAGUCUUCAGUCUAAUCCCUAGCUUAAGAUAUCUGGAUGGAUUUGAUAUGGAUGAUUGUGAAGUUGAUGACAGCGAAGGCGAGGACGAUGAGGUGAAUGGAAAUGACGAUGGAGAUGGUGAUGCUAAUGAAGAAGACAGCGAAGAAGUUUCAGAGGAAGAUGAUGAAGACUUAGAUGACGAUGAAGUCUGCUUAGGGACUGUCUACAAAGACGAUUUAGAGAAUGACAGUGAUGAAGAGGAUUAUAUGGGAGAGGAGGAGGAGGAGGAAGAUGUGGAUGAGGGUGACAGUGAUGAGCCUGAUGAUGAGGAUGGUGAAGUGGUUGAAGAAUCGUCUCCAGCUCGAGGCAAGAAAAGAAAACAUGAAGACGGAGGUGAGCCGGGUAACUAGAGCAUCUCGAAUUUUUUUUCGAUACUGUUGAAUGAGUGUAAAAUUAUUAUAUAAAUAAUAACAAUAAUGCGCCGACGAGUGAGAACAGCUGGGAAUCAAACAAUUACAAGAAAAAAAAAAAGUAAAUAAAUAGAGAAGAAAAAAGACCGACCAAUGACAGACAGUGUAACUCUAUCAGAACUCAUGCAGAGGAAAGACAAGAAUUGAAUAUUAAAUGAGGAGCAAAUAAAUAUAAACAAUCAGACUGAGACAAUUGUCUGUGGAGAAUUAGAUCGAUUAAUUAUUAACAAGAAACAAGAAAAUGAAAAAAAAGAUGACGGGAGGGGAGGGAGCGAUAAUGGAAAGGA